AUGAUUCAGGAAACAAGCAGUACUGUACCGCCAGGAACCAUGCCUCAAACCUUUGAGUGCAUCGCGGACGACUUACUCCCCAAGCUUCAUCGAUGCAUCCGACUUCCCCAGAAGAUAAUCACGUUCGAGAAGGCCAGCUCGUCAUUCUUCGGCCUCGAGGCUCGUACUGGUGACAAUGACAUCAACGACUUAUCCUCCAUGUCUUGGGGUAAAGGAUCGGACUUCAUCCUCGAUUUUGGACUGCAUAUGGUCGGAUAUCUCUCGUUUCACUUGGACUACGUUGGGCAAAACAUGGAUGCUCCAUGUCGGCUUCGACUCACCUUUGGUGAGUCGCCGCUUGAUGUGACCAUGGAUAUGAACGAUGUGAAUACCUGGAUCAGCACAGCUUGGCUUCCUGACGAGAUCAUCAAUAUCGACUUAUGUCCGCAGACUAUAACGUUCCCACGCCGAUACUCCUUCCGAUACCUGCGUGUUCAAGUCAUUGAUACCUCCCCCAAAUUCAAGGUAUCGUUCUCGAAGAUACAAUGCGAAUCGAUCAGCGCUGUUAGUCAAGACCAUCAAAUCGAAGCGGUUGAGUUUCUAGAUCCUCUUCUGCGAGACAUCGACCACGUCUGCAUAUCCACGCUGCGGGACUGCAUGCAAACCGUAUUUGAAGAUGGCCCAAGACGAGACAGAAGGCUGUGGAUUGGAGAUCUCCGCCUACAAGCUCUAGCAAACUACAGCACGUUUCAGGACUUUGAUCUCGUCAAAAGGUGCCUUUUCCAGUUUGCAGCAGUCCGAAAUGCGGAUAGCUCGCUACCAGCCUGCCUCUUUGAGAAGCCCACGUUGACGGCUUCAACGGACUACAUCGCCGACUAUGAUGCUCUGUUUGCCGCUAUUGUGUAUGACUUUGUUGAGGCUUCUGGGGACACGGAAACUGGGCAUCGCCUCUGGGAGACUGUUCUUGACUGUCCCAAGCGAUUGAUGCGCAACCUCAAUCCUGCCUCAUAUGUUCUCGAGGCAGAACGCAGCAAGCACUUUAUUUUUCUGGACUGGGCAAAGGGUCUUGACAAGAGUGCGGGAGCACAUGGCGUCUUACUUUAUUGUCUAAAGACUACGAAUAAGCUCGCUGCACGACUGAACAAGGAGCCUCCCUAUGACGAACUGAUAAGCAAAAUGACAAAUGCUGCAAACGCAUUCCUAAAGGAUGGUGUCUUUGUGUCUGGAGAAUCUCAGCAGAUCAGCUACGCCUCCGCUGCAUGGCUAGUUCUAUGUGAAGCCUUCCCACCGGAAAUCGCCCGCAAAGCUCUCCUCGCCACACUUGCCCAUCCAGAGGCUGUGAAGCCACUUACCCUAUAUCUAUGGCAUCAUGUUUGCGACGCUCUUGCGCUGCUCGGAUGCUAUGAUGAGUGCGUUGACCUUAUCAAGUCUUACUGGGGCGGUAUGGUGGAGGCAGGGGCGGACACGUUCUGGGAAUGUUAUGAUGCAGAUGAUUGCAUGGCGAGUCCAUACGGGGAUGUACGGAAUAAUAGCUGGUGUCAUGCUUGGAGCUGUACGCCGACAUACCUGCUCAGAACGACGCUUCGGGAGAAGGUCAAAGCGAGAGGCGUGGGGAAGAUCACGAUGGAUGAGCUAGAUCGAAGGUGGACUAAGAGAUCUUCUAGUGACUUGGUCGUAUAA